AUGGUGGACGCCUCCUCUUUUACUCGAGGCGAAGUGACGGGCCCCGCCACGUACCAGGGUGAGUGGGCUCACGACCAGUGGUGCGGCCGCGGCGAGUUGAGGACGGACGACGGGCUUGUGCGCUACACCGGCCACUUCAGGGCGUCCGUCCGGCACGGGUCGGGGGUGAUGCGGCGGCGCGAGUCACGCGGUGCAGCAUGGGAGGUUUACGAUGGGCAAUGGAGUGUUGGCCGCCGGCAUGGCCAAGGCCGAUGCAUCUACGCAGAUGGGUCGGUCUAUGAGGGAGACUGGCUUCAUGGCCGGCCCAACGGGUGGGGCGAGCUGCGAGAGCCAGACGGGGCGCUCUACGCUGGAAAGUGGGUCGGCGGCUUGCGGUCGGGCGAGGGGCGCGCGGUGGCGCGAGGGCCGGCGAACGCACGGCGCGAGACAUACACGGGCAGAUUCGAAGCAGACCGGCGCCACGGUCAUGGGCGGUGCGAGUGGCCCUCAGGAGAGGUGUACGUCGGGUUUUGGCGCAACGGCGUUCGGCACGGCACAGGGCGGAUCGUCACAGCCAAUGGCGACGAGUUCAGCGGAGGGUGGUCCGAGGAUCAUCAACAGGGGGAGGGAACCUUUCGUGCCGCGAGCGGAGAGGACACGUACACCGGCGCGUGGGUAGGCGGGGUACGGUGUGGUCACGGGGAGUGGCGCAGCCGGAGCUGCCACUAUGUUGGACAGUGGUCUGACAAUCAGAGGCACGGAGAGGGCACAGAGACGGACAAACAUGGCGUCUACAUUGGUGACUUUGUGCGCGGCGAGCGUCACGGUCGAGGCCGGUGUGUUUAUUCGGAUGGCAGCGUGUACGAUGGCGAGUGGUCGGCCAGCCGUCGUCACGGGCAAGGCACGUGUCGCUUCCCGCCCGCCUCGGCACUGACCUUCUUUCGAGGCGAGGGCGACGCCGGCGCCGGCGGCACAGCAUCCAAAGAGGACGGUGCGGCGGCUGGACGUGCAGCAGAGACGGCCGUGGCCAUUUACGUUGGCGAGUGGCGGGACGACGAGCGCUCGGGCCUCGGGAGGUACGAGGGUGCUCCAGAGCCAUGGGGUCGCGGCGAGAAGUACGAUGGCGACUGGCUGCAUGGCGCGCCCCACGGUCGCGGUCGGUGCGAAUAUAACGAUGGCGACACGUUUGAGGGUCUGUGGAUCGAGGGGGUGCGGCAGGGCGAUGGCGCUCUCGCCCGCCAGCGGCGUGAGCGCACCACGAGGCUUGGGGAGGCGCCGGGCGGCCUAGGCGAGAGCCGAGAGGAGGAGCAGGAGCCAGGGACUCCAGGACCACUUGAGGGCUGCCCCGUGCACAAGGGCGUUUCACUUUCAGCACCAGCAUUAUUCUAA